AUGAAACUCUCAAAGUCCUUAAUCACUAUCGAGCGGAAAGAUGCAGCUCAAACUUCACUGAAGUGCAAAAACGUGAAGUCGGCUGCCGUACAAGAUGAUGAGCCAUCGCUACUUGAAAUGGGAAGACGAGCGUCAUCGUUUGACACCUGUCAAGCGUCCACCGUUAAAGCAUCGCCUUCACUACGACCAGCGUCGUUCGAUUCACGAAUGUCGGCAUUUUCGCCGGUGGACGUGCCACGAUUGCUUGUUCACUCACCUGCGUCGCCUCUCACUAUGGAACCACCACCGCCACAUACGACCGAUAAUCGUUUGCUUACCGUUCCGUCACCGGACUAUCGGAAACUCUCUUGUGAAUCGCCGAAAGCGAAUGAUUACAUCACGAUGGGUUUGGCUCCGGCAAUUCUCGGUCAGUUGACGGCAAUCGCGUCAACGAUGAUGACGCCGAGUAGUAGCACAAUGGACGAUGUGAAACCGUCGCCAAUUAUUCAAGUUCAGAUACCUCAGGCGUCCGCAGAGCUGUUGGCGCAAAUGCCGGCCAAGUCGGUGAUUCAGGACGACAUUCGUAGCGGCAAUGGACGAUUUCAGCUGGUCCGAAAACGUGGGCGCAGCGAAGUAUGGAAUCUUUUCGGACAGGUGCUCGACUCUCUCACCAACGUUCGGCUACCAUAUGUGGCUUGCUAUGCUUGUAAGGUACUCUAUACGGAUACCGGUGGCGGUACGGGAAAUAUGACCAGACAUCGAUGCCCAAUCGGUCUUAGCUAUCGUUCAAGUGCUCACGGUUCAUCGACAGAAACGGUAGAAGUGGGACAGCAGUCGUCAUUUGAAUCGACAGUGUCUGGACUUCAACGAAUCUCCGAACAACGUCCAACACUGUCACUCACGAUUAAUCGUACGGAAUUAAAUAGUGCACUAAAAACAAGCUUUCAGUCGGAAAGCAGUAGUUCUGCUCAGUUAAUCAGUCAGACAUCUGGUGAGGUCUCCAUAGGCGAUGUCGAUCGUGAGGUGCUUAUCGAUUCCAUUGUGAAGUGUUGUGCUUUAGAUUUAAUCGAUCCGGAGAUUUUUAACGGCAAGGGAUUUCGAGCGUUACUCGAUCGCAUGUGGCAGUUGUCAAGGCGUUCCGGUAGCUCUCCGAACGACGUCUUUCCGGACUCUCAAAUGCUGCAAUCUGCACUUCAGACGAAUUUACGGUUUUGUAUGGAUGAUCUGAAGAAUGAACUGUCACGAACGUCUCAAGGUGUUUGUCUAGCUGUUGAAUCGCUAUCCUAUUUAGGCAAGGAAUUUCGUGUUGUACAUGGGUCGCGCAUUAGUCAUGAUUGGAAAUGGCGGAGUAACAUACUAGGAGUAUUUAAAAGUCGGGAAAGUCAGUCGUUAGCUGAGAUCGUCAAUGGCGUAGUGAAUAACUAUGACUUGGACAGGAAUCUGCUGCGAAUCACUUGCGCCGGAGGUAUCGAGGAGUUUGCGCCUGCGAAAGCAUUUCACGAUAUUAGAGAGAAAUUGAAAGAGGUACUGCAUGCAGUCUUGUCAUCGUGCUCAGUGCCUGUCCUACCGUUGAUAGCGGUGGUCGAUAAAAUCAUAAAGUCAUUCGCUGAUUACAAUAUUCGAAUGCCAUUUCCGUACAGAUGUAGUGGCGAUGACAUCUUCAAUUUUUAUCCGCUGCUUCGAGAUUUCAACUUUCACUAUCAAACUAUUCAGGACAUAUCUCAUUCUAAGCUGCAAGGUUUACAAAUAUUGCUUGCUAGUUUAAAUGUCGAGCACUUGCGGGAGUUGGAGGAGUUUCUUGGUCCGUUUCAGGAGACAUACGAGUCGUUGUCUGAAGAACAACCAAAUUUCCACAAGGUUCUUCCUGAAUGGUAUGCCCUUAUGCAUGAAUGUCACCCUUCGUCAGAUGAGACGUCACCGUUGUUGUGUGAACUGAAAACCAAAGCCAGCGAACUUCUGAUUCGAGAACAGGCAACGACGAUCACAGUCGAACACCGCAUUGCUGCUAUUCUCAAUCCACGACAUAAUCGAAAGCUGAAUCUCAUCUGUACGGAUCACGAGCGAUCUCAAGCUUGUGAUCGGAUACGAGAGUUGUGUGGUAUUCGUACCCAACGUGAGCCGUUGAGUCGUGAUGGAUCAUGCGAGGGUGAGCCGCAUCGAAAAAGGCGCCUGUUCCUGAGUUCUUUGGAAGACGACCCGGUCGGUGAUGACGAACUGGAGUGCUAUCUACGUUCACAGUAUCCAGCACAGCAAACAAAAGACGUGGUUCUGUUCUGGAGUACCGUUGGUCAAGCACAGUUUCCUUCGUUGGCUUCCUUGGCACGGCGGGUUCUUUCAGUUCCUGCAUUGGCGCCGAAGACAAUAUUUGACGAACGGCACGCCAGCGUGCAACCAGAGCAACUGCACACGUUUCUCAUGUUGCGUUCGAUGUUCGAUACUGAGCGAGAGGAAUAG